GAGGGGGGGAUUUAAGUGAGGUGACAGUUUAACCAUCAGGUAGGGACUCUCCAUGUGUAUGAGAGAGGGACUAUAUGUGAGGAUAGACAGUGACUGUCAGUGUGGGCAGUUGGGGUUUGAACUAUCUGAGUUCAGUUAACAGGGGAACCCAGUUUUGAUUCCUUCAGGGAAUAUUAAAUCCUAGAAGGGGCUGAGCAGAUGGGAAAAGCCUACCUUGCGCAGUGCUUUUUUUUCUUCUAAAAAAUGUUUAGAGUUACUCUCAUUUUCCUACUCAUAUUGAAAUACUGCCUCUCAAUGAGGCCAAACUUAGAUUCACAAAAUGUUUAAGGGUAUGCGUACCCAUGUCCCCCCAGAAAAAAAGCACUGACCUUGCCACUUGUUCCAAUUCAGCAAUAAACCAUGGAAAGCAUAUGGGGCAAAUAAAGGUGUGGGUGACUUGAUGAACACUGGUGUUUUGUGCCUAACUUGUGAAACCACCAAGCCCGAAAUCUAGAGAGAGUGUAAUUAAAUAAACAUUUCAGUUUUAUUUCAGAAGUGCAUCUUCAUCCUUUGAAGCUCUGAGGAUUGAGUGGACACUGGGCAGAAGUACAAUACCUAGCUGCUGUUUGAUCAUAAACGCUACGACAAAUAGCUAUUCGAGACCUCUUAUGCAUUAAUAACAGGGAGUUUUUAUCUCUUAACUCAGAAAAUUGGAAAUUGGUCAUGUUGCCCUGCUCUUAUCUUUAGUGAGGGUCUCUUUCAACAACCCUUCUGAGUGGAGAUGAUUAUUUCAGCCAGUAUCCAUACUGGAUUUGAAAUUGUUUUUACAUUUGUAAUUCUUUUAAUAUUACUCUUUGAGUUGGUCCAGAGGGUGCAACUGGUGCAGAAUGUGGCGGCUAGGUUGCUUGUAGCGGGGAAACUACCACCAACAUAUAGCAGCACCCUGCUUAUGGGAUUUGCACUUGCUGCCAGUCUGUUACCAAACCAAGUUCAAACUGGGAUACUAACAUUUAAGUCCCCACAUAGCUGAGAACCAGGUUACUUGAGAGGCUGCCUAUUUUGCAUCCAACAGGCCACCAUGGUCUGCAGGAGAGUUUAACCUGCAUGUUCCAAAAAACUCGGAAGCCCCUUCCACAGAAACUCGGAACAGGGCUUUUGUGUGGUUGACUGUUUUGUGGAAGAGCAUACCUGUCCAGUUCUGCCAGGCACCCACUAUCUGCACUUUCCAGAAACAACUGAAGGCAUUUUUGUUCUGAUGGGCUUUCCCUAGCUGGAUAAACGUACUACGAGUCUUGUUUUAAAUGUAUUUGUUGUUCUUGUGCUUUUAAAUAUCUUAUGUGUAAACUCACCUCGAGAUGGCGGUUUAGAAGGCGAUUAAUUUAUUACUCAUUAUAAUGUAAAUGAUUUUAACUAUUUUUGUACAUGCAGUUGUUUUAACUGUUUUACAGAUUUUUUUUUAUGGUAUUGUGAAAUUUCUCCAAGAUGCUUUAAAGGAAGUAAUUCGUGAUAGAAAUAAUAUGAUAGCUGCAUUCGUAUGUAAUGAGAGUGUCUAAUAACGAACUAUAAAGGAAUUUCUUCUGGCUUGCUGGGUAGACUUCCAUCCUCCCUUUGGCCCUAUUAAGAAAAGCUGAGGGGCCUCAGUUGUCCCCAAUCUGAGGCUAUGUGCAUUAUCUUGCUAGCAUCUUAGAGGUGCACUAUUAUGGAGAUAUAAUAACCAGAGCAAGCAAGCAAGCAAGCAAACAAACAAACCUUUAAAGCAAUACACAGAAAUAUUUCCUUCCCAUUGACACUAACCCACCCCGCGCCCGCUUUAUCACAGCGCCUCAAGAUGAGGGAACUACAAUCCCCAUCAGGCCAUAGGCACGGCGCAUUCUCUGUGGGAGGAGAAGGGUAGGGGGCGAUGAAACCGCCGCACAGGCGCAGCUGAACUUGCUGGGCUACCUCCGCCUUCUUUCGCUCGCGGCUGAAGCUGCGAUUGGCGGCUGGCGAUGCUCGGGGAGUUUGGGCGGCUCCUGCGAAGCGUGUGUCUAUGUGUGUGUGUUAGGCUAGGUAGAGCCGUGCAAGGCAAGGGACCGGCUGGAAGGUGAGCAGCACAGGGAGAAUGGAAGCGGCUGCUACUGCGGUUUUUGGUGUCGCUGCUCCGCCUUUGCAUUGAGGGGGAAGAGGAGGAAGCCUUUCCUGGCUAGCCGGGCGUGAGCAUAGGUGGGCGCUGCCAGAAAGGGCCACUGCCCUUCCCCUCCUCCGGAGACUGCUGGACUUGGGUGGUACCCGCCUCUUCUCCCCCUCCCAUUCCCCCCCGUUACAGCCUUAAUGGGGAGGGGGGAAAGCAUUGGCCCAAGAAGCCUAUCCUGAGCUUCUCCUGUACCUGUGAUAUUUCAUCUUCUGUAGAAAUCAGUAGGAGGUGAAGGCUGUAAUAGCAGAGAGAGAAACCUUUUUGUCACCUGUGAGCGUGUGUGUGUCCAGGCAAAGGUGCUGUUUGCUGGGGUAACGGAGCAAAAAAGGGGUGGGGAAAGUUGGCAGCGCUAGAAAGAUGUUGGAGCCAGCUUUGUAUGAGAAUUGCACCUUUCCUCCUUGUCCUUGUAGUUCUGGGAGAGAGGUAGUGGAAGCACCCGGUACCCUGGCUGCUCUUACGUCCUAUGCUCCAAGGCUGAGAUCUUAUAUCGAAAACAGUUGCCAGGGCUGAGUCUUGAAUGACGCUGAAGAGGGUGCUUUCGUGUGUGUCUUUGGGACUUGCUGCUUAAAAGGAGACCUGCUGGGGCUGAGUCUCUGUGGCAAGCAUGGGUGCGGUGACCUGGAAUUUCCCACUGUAGGCAGAUUCUGGGUGCUCAGUAGGGAAGGGCAAUCUGUACGAGCUCAGAGGCACUGUCCCUAUUGCUUAGUGGCACUGGGCCAAUUUGAGACAUUUGAAGUGGGAGCUGGAUGGCACUUAUUUUGCAGGUUGAAAGAUCCAGCUUCAAAGUGCUGGACUUGGUGUCCCUGAGCUUUACAGAGCUGUGAUCUUGUGUUGCCUAUGAAGGGAAUUCUCCAGUGCUAAAUUUCUAGGAACAAAUAUGUGUGGGCAGCUUGGGGGUACCUUGAUGGUAAGGGGAAUGCACUCUGUACAGUGGUACCUCGGGUUAAGUACUUAAUUCGUUCUGGAGGUCCGUUCUUAACCUGAAACUAUUCUUAACCUGAAGCACCACUUUAGUUAAUGGGGCCUCCUGCUGCCGCCGCGCCGCCAGAGCACGAUUUCUGUUCUCAUCCUGAAGCAAAGUUCUUAACCUGAGGUACUAUUUCUGGGUUAGCGGAGUCUGUAACCUGAAGCGUAUGUAACCCGAGGUACCACUGUACAUGCUUUGGGGCUCUUUAUUUUACUUCUCUUAAGUCCUUGCAUUUCCAAAAGUGUGUUCUGUAUUAAUCAUUUUGGUUUGGUCUGUGGCUGUAUUGGCAUUUUUGUAAAAGGGUCCCAUUCCAUCCCCUCACUGUUUGCACACAGUGCGGGUGGGACAGAGGAUAGUGUAGGCAUAGGCAAACUUGGCCCUCCAGAUGUUUUGGGACUACAGCUCCCACCAUCCCUAGCUAACAGGACCAGUGGUCAGGGAUGAUGGGAAUUGUAGGCUCAACACAUCUGGAGGGCCGAGUUAGCCUAUGCCUGGGAUAGUGUGAUAAGUUUGGUCCCCUGGAUUGUCAAGGCUACCUUCUUGCCAACAAAUGUUGCAGUCCCCCCUUAUACUUGCAUGCUCUCAAAUUUAGAAGAAAAUGAGAUCUUAUUCUAUGUACCGACUUUGUUGGCAUCCAUUUGUCUCAGGGGACAAAGGAGUGCUCCAGGAGUGAAGUCAAACCGCUGUGUUAGCAGCACUUAAGUGACCUCCCUGGGGCGCAAGCCUGGGCAAUGUGUAUUGAGGACCUGGGCAGCCCAGACAAGAAUAACCCCUCUACCUCUGAGCCUAACUGAUGUCCAGAGGAAAACAAUUGGCACCAGCUUGGUUGCAGGACUUGCCAGAAGGAGGCAUAUAAGGUGCCAUCCAACUUAGGGACUGAUCUCUGGAUUUGUGUAGGGUUUAGUCCUUCUCCCAAAAAUAUCCUGCAAGGCAGUGGAGGUUUAGGAUCAGAAUUUCCUUCUCCCAUCUGUCCCUGGCUUCACUCUACAGCUUAUUCAGAAACCACCUUCUUGACUGUUGGACCCAGUACUGGACUUGUUCGCUCAAUCCUCCAGAGCCUGUCUUCACAUGCAGGGAAGUCCCUAACUCAGGGAGGGUUUGAGGCCCAUCAGCUACCAUCACCUGGUUUAGCUGGCCAGUGGAAGCUGUUCCCAGGUAGUGGCUGUUGUCACAUGCGGACAGUUUCUAGGAGCCAUAGCUGAGAGCUGAGUUCAGGGUAGGGACUAAAGGUGGACAAACCAGCCUAGAAAAGCAUGAUGUGUCCCCAAGCUGAGGUAUUGCCCCACCCCUAAUAUCCCAUACACCCCUGUACAGUGGUACCUUGGUUGUCAAACUUAAUCCAUUCUGGGAGUCCAUUGGACUCCUGGAACUGUUUGAAAACCAAGGUGCGGCUUCUGAUUGGCUGCAGGAGCUUCCUGCACUCAAUCGGAAGCCGCAUUGGAUGUUUGGCAUCCAAAAAAUGUUUGCAAACCAGAACACUUACUUCCGGGUUUGUGGUGUUUGGGAGCCGAUUUGUUUGGUAGCCAAGCCGUUCGACAACCAAGGUACCACUGUACUGACUGCAGCAACACUAAUGUGGUGGUUUCAGGGAUGAAACUCAUCUAUAAUCUCAAAAGGAAUUUAUAGCAUGCCUUGAUUCUCUUGCCUGCAAAAUGGGUGCCUCAUCCCAACUGUGUUUCACUCAUUUUUAUUCUAGCAAUAGCAAAGAAAGAAGGUUACCAUUGUGUCAGUCACACAAUAAAUGUGAUUUUCCCCCUGCCAUUUAUUCUUAACCUCUGUAGUGAGGACUGUUUUCUUCUGUCUGCAGCCAAUUUGUGAAGGGAAAUAGGUUUGGAAUAGUUAUGGCAAAAAAAGUGUGGAAAGUGAGAUUUCUGGAGAAGAUUAUUAAGGAGAGUUAGACUGGAGAAGCGGAGGCGAGGGGCACUGAAGGAGAUGUGGUAGCUCAGAACUGACAAAAGCAUGCAAGUAUUUCAGGGGCGAAAAGGCUGAGUGAUCUCCCGGAUGCUCCAGUUUUUGGUGUGUGUUUUCCUUGCUGGCUGUGCUGAAAAUUCUUUGUUCCUAGGACUGACUGGCUUCCCCUGGAGGGUUAUGCUACACAAGCCACAUGGUUGAGGAGGAAGAAGAGUCUGCUUGGGUCCUAAUGCCCUCUCUGUAGAAGGGUGACCUUGCAUAGUUUUGGACUCUCGCAAGAGGAAUGUAGCGAGAGAAGCUGCAUUCCUGUUCCCACUUUCUCCGCUUCUUCAGGCACAGUGAUUAGAUAUCCCAUUAAAAAGCACAGGUUUUUCUCUUUGCUUCUCCAUUCCACUUGUGCAUUUUAAGAACCCAUAUAUGGACAAAUAAGUCCUAUAAUCCUGGUACACCAGCUGGCUGCUUAACACCCCUGAUGAAUUUGAUGUUCAGAUUCAGGCCUAUCUGCCUUUUGUGGCAGGCGCUGUGGGUUAAACCACAGAGCCUAGGACUUGCUGAUCAGAAGGUCAGCGGUUCGAAUCCCCAUGACAGGGUGAGCUCUCCUUGCUCGGUCCUUGCUCCUGCCAACCUAGCAGUUCGAAAGCACAUCAAAGUGCAAGUAGAUAAAUAGGUACCGCUCCGGCGGGAAGGUAAACGGCGUUUCUGUGCGCUGCUCUGGUUUGCCAGAAGCAGCUUAGUCAUGCUGGCCACAUGACCCGGAAGCUGUACGCUGGCUCCCUCGGCCAAUAAAGCGAGAUGAGCGCCGCAACCCCAGAGUCGGCCACGACUGGACCUAAUGGUCAGGGGUCCCUUUACCUUUACCUUUUUAAGGGCUCCUAAAAUAUGUUAAAUGGUGAAGGAGUUGAUAGCCAGACUGGGAAAUGCAUUUUUCUGCAUGCAACUGUGGAGAGCGUCUUUUGGACCAGACAGUAGUGAGCUAGAGAUUAACCAGUUGUCCAACUUGUAAUUGGGCAGUUCCAUACAUCAAUAGAUCAUUGAAAGCAACUUUUAGCAUAAUGUGUGAAUUGGUAAUGAAUGCUGACAAACCCCUGAGUGGAUACAAUUCUCCUAAGUCAAGCCAUUUUCAGACAAUCUCAUGCUAAUUUGUCUGUGGGGAGAUUAGAUGAUGUUGCAUCAAGCAAAUGUUGUUUCACACGAUUUCCUCAUCACUUCACACAAAAAGUUCAAAGUGGGUUUGUUGUUCAAGAGCUCCAGAGCAACUUCAAAUGCACUUCCUGAAUUUGCCAAUAUUUGAUUGAAUCUCAUCUGAAAAUAGCAGUAGUCUGAAAGCGUCCUAGUGUGCUCAGCUUCUGGUUGAGGUGAUGUGUUCAAUAUAGGCCAAUGUAGAUGGAGUAUUCAGAUUACUGGGUUUUUAAAGGUUUAUUGCCAGCGUAUGCAUCAGCUGUUCUGGCUGGAAUUUUUCUCUGGUCCUCAAGUUUUCCAGAUUCAGUUCUGUGUGCCUUGGAGGGGUGGGGAGAUACACUACCAUGGGGAGGGACUCGAUCUCUGUGCAUGAAAGGAAAGGCAUUUCUGUGCUGAUGUUCUGUUCCUGCAUUUUCUUUCAGAGUCAAGAGGUAGUUCUUUGCUGUAGGAGCAAUGGAGAUGCAAUCUUACUACACCAAACUCUUGGGAGAGCUCAAUGAGCAGCGGAAGAGGGACUUCUUUUGUGACUGUAGCAUCAUUGUGGAGGGGAGGAUUUUCAAAGCCCACAAAAACAUUCUGUUUGCCAACAGUGGUUACUUCAGAGCUUUGCUGAUCCACUACAUCCAAGACAGUGGCCGACACAGCACUGCUUCCUUGGACAUUGUUACAUCAGAGGCCUUCUCAAUUAUCCUGGACUUCCUUUAUUCAGGGAAGUUGGAUCUUUGUGGGGAAAACGUGAUUGAAGUUAUGUCUGCAGCCAGUUACCUGCAGAUGACUGAUGUUGUCAACUUCUGCAAGACAUACAUCAGGUCGUCACUGGACAUCUGCAGGAAAAUAGAGAGAGAAGCUGCCUUUUAUCAGGCUGACAGUGGGAGCUCUAGUUCUGCCCGAGAGGGCACGUCGUAUGGGGCAAAGAGCCAGUGCUCAGCAUCAGUUUCAUCUCUGCAGGAGAAAGAGAGGGUUCCAGAUUGCCAGCGAGACCCUCCCUGCGGGGAAUGUUGCAGCUGCCACCCCAUUCAGCUUGUAGUGCGGGACCCUGUAAGCAGUGACUCUCCAGAUGAUACAAAUUCUUCACUGCCCAAAGUGGUAGAACCCAAAGUAGAGUUUGAUGCAGACGAAGUGGAAGUAGAAGUUGGCGAGCGACUACAGCAGUAUCCAACACCGCUGACGAUUGAGCAGAUAGAGGAGGGGCUCCAUAGUGGCCAGGCCAUGGACCUGGCAUGCAACAACUAUCACAUGAAGCAGUUUUUAGAAGCUCUGCUGCGCAACAGUGCAGCCCAGAGGAAGGACGAUGUGGUCCAUCAUUUUGUCCGCGGGUUUGAGGGUAGGCCAGAGGAUGCAGGAGUGCCCAUGAGUUCUGUGGUGGACAUUCACAAUGACUGGUAUGGAGAGGAUGCAGGUGAGAUCAGAUCACAUGAGGCUGGAUGAGAUUCCUCUGUUGCAGUGGAUAGCUUUCUGGAUGAAACUGUAGAUACCUGCAAGGGGGAGUAGGGGAGAGACAGCAAAGAAUAAACAUACACCCUGUUUUGAUGACUUGUAACAUUGCCUUGGCAGUGCACAUUACCAAGAGUUCACUUUUAUUAGGGCCAACCAGAAUGUCACAAAAUCACGAGCAAGUUUUUCAGAAAGGGCUGGAUAUUGGGCAAAAAGGGGUGGGGUGGGCAAGGGGCUGCAGGAGAGAAAAGGAGGAGGGUACAAUAUACAAGCCUACAAAUCUACAGCACGUAACAGUCUUAAACUCGAGAGCAGAAGUCUGUUAACCAGACUGAAUUAGCUGAGACUUUGCUUGGUGCAAAACAGAUUUCAGGUGGUACUGAACAGGGCUGUAAAGAAAAAAGAAGCAAUUACUAUUUGUCCCUUUAUAUAUAUUUUAAAAGCCUCAAACAGUUCCCUGGGUCUGUCUCCAGCACCAAAUGGAAUGCAGGGGUCUUUUGUAAGCAGGUUAAGAAUUCCAUUGUGGUCUUUUUGUUAGCAAAGAUGGAGAAUAAUUUUAGAUGGUACACUAAACAGUAAUUCAAAGCCAAAUUAGGUGGCAUCACUUCAUGGUUGGAGGGCAUAUAUAGCCUGCUGCCCCCCUCCCCAAUAUCCUAGUUUCAGGUCGUAAAAUACCUUUUUUCUUUCAGUUUGAAGAUUUCUCUCCUGGAAGGUUAAUAGAGUAAUCCUAUUCGAGUUUACUCCAACGUAAGUCCCAUAGAAUUAAUUGCAGCAGGAAAUUGCUGGACUGCAGACUUUUGGUAGAAAUAAACAGUGUUUAUAACAAGCUUGAAAUAUCAAGCCGUGGGUGAGCAGGCACAAACAUCCUUAUGAAUAAAAAGCAAAUUUUGUAGCAUUUAUUUUCUGCUGUUGAUGUGCAGAAAAAUGGUUUGCAGUAAUAUGUUGAGGCUGGGCAGGCUAGUAAAAAAUCAUGAAAAUGCAUUUUCCCAAGACAAGAGUUGCUAUGUUUCUGUGUGGAAUUUGGAUACAUUUCCCCCAAAGAAAGCAGGGAAAAUCCCUCCUUUUGCAGGGAGAUUCCAUUUCCUUAGUUUCUUCUUGACCCAGUGCCCUCCAGCUGUUUUGGACUACAACUCCCUGGCUGGGGUUGAUGGAAGUUGUAGUCCAAAACAUCUGAAGGCCACCAGGUUGGAGGAAGGCUGCACUAAGGGAAUUCCCACCACACCCUGAUGCUGUGUUAGCUGCAGCAGUAGUGUUGUGUGGCAUGUGUGUGACAUGGCUAAUGAUGCACAGCAAAACAACCUCUUUCUCCUUUAUAUAUUCUAAACCAAAAAAAUGUGUUUUUCUUCAGUUACCAGCAUUUUAAAUUCUGACCCCACUUCAAGAACAGCGAGUUGACACCUCUGAAAUGCUUCUGUUUCCAAAGGUGAUGUGCUGGUUGUGCCGAUCAAGCUGCACAAGUGCCCAUUCUGCCCAUACACGGCCAAACAGAAAGGGAUCCUGAAGCGGCACAUCCGUUCGCACACGGGCGAGAGGCCCUACCCAUGCGAGAUAUGCGGCAAGCGCUUCACACGGCAGGAGCACCUCCGGAGUCAUGCUCUGAGUGUAAGUCAGAGAUGUGCAACAAGAGACGAGUUAAAGAGGAAGCUAAAUUGUGGGGUGGCUGGUGCUGCUGUCACUCCCAGGACUCUGACAGCAGAAUCCUUAACACCUGUUGAUUUUAAAAAGCAGACUUCAACUAGUGCUAAUACGCCCAGGAACCUCACCAAAAUGCUGGAGAGGAUGCACCUCACAGGGACAUACCUCCACAUGUGGUGGGAAUGUUCCAAAAUCCAACUAUUCUGGACAACAACCAUACAAGAAAUAUGCAAAAUAACUAAGCAAGUACAGUGGUGCCCCGCAAGACGAAUGCCUCGCAAGACGGAAAAACCGCUAGACGAAAGGGUUUUCCGUUUUGAAGUUGCUUUGCAGGACGAAUUCCCCUAUGGGCUUGCUUCGCAAGACGAAAAUGUCUUGCGAGUCUUGAGAUUUUUUUUUCCCUUUUCCCCCCCUUUAUCUAAUCUGCUAAGCCUUUAAUAGCCUUUAAUAGCCUUUUAGCAGCUAAUCCCCUAAGCCUUUAAGCCUUUAAUAGCCGCUAAACAGCUGAUAGCGCUAAUAGCGCUAAUCCGUCAAUGGGCUUGCUUCGCAAGACGAAAAAACCGCUAGACGAAGACUCUUGCGGAACGGAUUAAUUUCGUCUUGCGAGGCACCACUGUAUUAGAAGUCACCCCAGAACUCACCCUACUAAACAUCUUCCAAGAUAAUAAUGCCCACUACAUCAUAAAGAGCUCAUAACGCACCUAAUCUGAGCAGCCAGAAACAUCAUAGCCAGACACUGGAGAGACCUGUCAGGAGUAAGCAUGGACCAAUGGUACCAAAUAGUAUGGGAAACAGCCUUAUUAGAAAAACUAACCAAUAAACUGAAACUGACACGGGGACAAAUAGAAAAAGCCUUCUUUAUCACAUACACAGUCCAACAAGACAAUGACAAGAAUCCACCAACAGCAUACGAAUCAAUUUGGCUAACUUGAUUCAAAAACACCCACCCAUCCAACUCACACAUGAAAACAAAGUUCACCACAGCCAAUCACAAACAAACAACCACACCCUAGGCCAACCCCAACCUCUCUCACUACCAAAGGAACACAAGUGAAUAGUAAAGAGAACCCGCACAAGCAACGCUGACACAAAACCUCACACAUCCAUUAAGUAAAAUAGAAACAUCGUCACCCAACUCCACCCCCACUCACCAUGGCCCCCUCCACCUCUUUCCCCCUUUUCAUCCUAACGUAACACUAAUGUCUCAACAAAUGAAACUGAUCUGUAGAAAAUGUAACUUGAAAAUAGAGACAUUGCACAUACUUUUGUAAACCAAGAAAUCUUUAAUAAAAAAUAAAUUAAAAAAAGCAGACUUCAAACCACUUGUAGGAACCUCUGCCCCCACCCCCCAGUAUAAUUGGGCCUGGCAUGGUGCUGACUUUUGUCCAGGAGAUGAUGUUCCCCAAACUGAUAGCCACCUGCUCCACACCUGGCAUUGUAUGUGGCGACCAUUUUGACGUCCACUUUGUCCAUUUUCAGGUGGGGUUUGGAUUCAAACCAGCCCUGGAAAUGGACUUUUGCCAUGAUCAGCAGUUAAAUAGAUCCCUUCUGAACCUUGAUAGGUGGUUGGGGCUGCUGACCUGUCAAAAUUGAUCUGUGGGGAGUGCAGAGCCUGGCCAGAAGGCCAGAUCUAGUUCAACCUGUCAUGCUUGUGCCAGCCACUGACCCUUCCUGCUUUGUGUCACGAUGCUCCAGGUCCAUCGGUCAAACAAGCCAAUCAUCUGCAAGGGCUGCAGGAGAACGUUUACAAGCAGCCUGUCCCAAGGCUUGCGCCGCUUUGGAUUGUGCGACAGCUGCACUUGUGUCACGACUACGCACGAGGAUUCGAUGCCCAUUAACCUCAGUCUGAUGGAACCUUCAUCUGAAGGCCAAGAAAAGAGCGACCCAGACAACGAUUGGCCCAUCUAUGUGGAAUCUGGUGAUGAAAACGACCCCCCUGAAGAUGAUGAUGCUGACCCUGAUCCUGACGACAAGCAGGAUCUCCAUCGAGAAGCACUUAUGUAGCAGCAAAAAGAGGGUGGGGAGAUGUAAAUUCUUUUUCUUAUUUGAUUUGUCAUCUUGACAGCCGGAAAACUGCAUAUUUAUCCCAAGUUGUGAAGUUUGUGGGGUUUUUUUAUAUGAAUAAAUUCCAUUUCCUAGAACAGGUAGGAACAACUGGACUUUUAAAAUUCUGAAAUGUCUUUUUAACUUGUUAGUGCUGUGCGCUACACCUUUGAAAUGAAUUGUGUGUCCAGGCUGAGCAGAGGCUAUGUCCCUUGCAGACCUUCUUCCACCCUUUGGAUAUGAGGCCAGGCUUUGUCCUUUUAUGGCCAGUAAUCUUCCAUGUUCCUGUGAUCUUGCCUCUCCCCCCCCCCCCCCGUUUCUGCCUCUCCCUCUCCUCUCAGGAUCAGGGUUUCAAACUUAAUUCUGAGCUGCUGCUCUCUUUCCUGGACUUUUAAUUCUACCUUAGAAAUGUAGAUGAGGACUUAAUCAAUGCAAACAAGGCUAAAAGUCCACCACCAUUAAAGCAUAUCCAAGAAUGAACAGUUGUGUAUACAUAAAUCUAGAAAUGGCUCUUUUUAUACAGUAUUUUAUUUUUUACUGUAUGUUUAUAAAAACUAAAUACUGACACUUCUGUUCAUCCUCAAGAAACUUGUGAGGAAGGUAUCUAGUCAGGCAGCAGAUAAACAGUAUGCAGAUUUCUGUGGCAACUUACUUGAGGGUCUGAGCCAUUCAACCAGGCACUGACCGUUUUUUGUAGUGCUUGAACCGUAAAAGGCCUUUCAGGGUUAGGCCAUAUAUCUACUACUAGCCCCAUACUUUUGACGAGUUUUGAAGUGGGACCAUAACUCAGUGGUACAGAAAGCCCCAGGUAGGAUCCUGGCAACAUCACCAGCUAGAAGGAUCAGGUAGCAGCAGGCAGUAGGAAAAGAAGUCACUGCCUGAGGCCCCACUGAGAGGAACUGCUGCUGCUGUCACAAAUCAGCAUAGAAAAUAAUGGGCUGGGUGGACAUACCUUCCUAUGAAUUAGAGUAUUUUUGUUUCUGAUCUGUCUGGAGACAGGUCCAGCACACAAUCUGUUAAAUAUUUAUUUAAGUAAUUACUGAAGAUGUUCUUCUCAUUGUGCAGGCCCAUUUUUUUCCUUAAGAAAAAAAACAAAACAAAACCAGCAUGCCUGCGUGCCUUUAAUGGAUUUGCAAAAUCGUACCUGCUUAUAUCUCUUAAGCACCAGGAGAGCAGACAUGGCAGCAGCAGGAAGUCCCUCACAAUGAGGGGAAAUGUGAGAGGGAUAAAUAUAAAAUCCUGAAGAGGAUCUCAUGAAAUGCCUGAGAGCUGGCCAUACAAAUGCUUGUUGGAAUUGCAAGAACCUCAGUUUCCUCCCCCUCAUUUAAGCAACAAACUACUCGAGGCUACAAGAACAUCAGAGUUCUGGUCAUUGUAGAUGGCGUGAAUUGCCCCCUUCUCAAAUAACUAUACUCAUUCAAUUAUUGUAAAAAAUGUGAAUAAGCAAGGUAGCUGGCCGCUCUUCUGCUUAUACGACUUCUCUGACGUAGCCCCUGUGCUCUGGCUGUCCUACAAACCCCCCACCCACCCCCUGUAUAUGUUCCUGCUACUUGUACAGUCAGUUGGUCGUAUUUGUUGAUCAUUGUGGUUUCUACAUUUGUACUGUCUCAUGAAUUGGUCUUGAGUACUAUUCCUUGUUAAAAAUUUCAUCUUGGGCUCCACCCUUUUCCUGUUGAAUGGCAGGAAUUUGGCUUCUUGAAGGAUGUGAGGUUACUUGUUUUACUUUUCUAGUGCUGAAUUUCUCUAGGCUAUUAAACUGGCUGGAAAACUGUGAAAUGUCUGUAGACAUAAGAUAAUGAAGAUACCAAAACAAUUCAGUUAAAAUCAAGGUGCAUAACUGUACAUGGCAGUUCCUAGCCAUCUUGGUCAUUUGAAAGAUUUGGGAUUAUACCUAAACCUGCUUACCUGAAUGACAAUGGCACACUCAGGUUGGCCACCUGUCUUACAGGUCUGCCUUAAUGAGGCUGGUGUUCCUGUUCUAUGUUGGGCAGCUCUGAUAUGGACUGUCUUGCAAACAGAAUUCUGUAUAAUUUGUGAUGCUUGAUGGAUUAUAUUAACUUUUAACAUGCAGGUUUCUUCCACCUGCUUCUUCUUGAAAUGAAGGUGUAAAUUUUCUUGUGCGUUCAUAAAACACUACUGUAGAAGGGGUUAUGAUGUCAUAAAUGUAGCAUUUUUAUAUCAUCAUGAGAUUGUGCAGGAUGAAACAAGGCAAGGAAAGAAGCAAUAAUCUUUCUUUUUUUAAAAAAAAGUUGUAACUGUAUAGCAAAAGAAAAAAGAAAAAAAGAUAUUUACAAUAGGCUCCCAUUUUCCUUAAAAGAACCAAGACUCUGAAGUGCAAAGUCCUGAGACCACUUUUGUAAGGUGUCUUUCUGAAUAGGUGAGACUUGCAUAGUUAUUGGAAAACACAGUGGGGGGGGGGAUGUAAUCUGAUCUUUCAGAAAAUUGGUCUUGAGAAACAUUUUGAAAGGUUCAGCCCUGAAAAUUAGCAAUGGCUUUCCCCAAAGCUGAGCACAAGGGAGCCUGGAGUUUACAAAGCAGUUGAAGGUGCUCUUGAACCUCUAACGAAUGGAGUUUUUCAUUGAAUGCAGGUUAGGGACACAAUUUGUGCUCCUAACUCAGGCUUUGCCAACCUGGUGCCCUCCAGAAGUUGAACUACAACUCAGCACGUACAGCACAGUGUGUUGGCUGAGGCUAGCUGUAUUGCAACACUUGGAGAGCCCCAAGUUGGUGAAGGCUAUUCUUAACCCAUUAGCUCAGAGCAUUUGGGAUACUUGCUCCUUACUGUCCUCAUUCGGACGGCUUAUCACUUUGUUUUGAGUUCUUUAGAAACCACUGAAGACUUGUGAUGCCCAAGAUUUGUAAUGGCUUGUAUGCUAAAACUGAUAUGAUGAGUGGCUUUUCACACAGUGCGUCCUGGAGGUGCAUAAGCAGAACUAGGAGGAAAUGGACCACUCUUCUAGAUUUGAGAGAUGCAGAUUCCUUUUAGGCUGCUUCUUUUGAUCGUUAGAAGUUUUCUUGUGUACCUUGUGAGUAAAGAAUGAAUCUGUUGACAUUUUUGUGUUAUGGGAGUUGGAGUGGAACAGAUUCCAAUCUCAUUCCUGUUAGGAGACUGCCAAAAUAAGAUUUCUAAUUGUUUUCAAGUGGAUCCCGUGUGUCAUCUUGUGUUUAAUUGAAAAUGAUGCACUUGACUUGCUCAUCUGUGGCAGGUGUUUUGUAAGUGUAGUACAUGCUGUGAUUCUAGCUCAGUUCCAUGACGUGUCCUUGGAACCCUCCAUUAAAAGUGUGCAAGCAAAAGAGAUACUGCAGUUCUAAGAGACCAUUUCAUGGUGCUUAAAGAAGAAAUUGAAAGCCACCUGAGCUUGCCAUAACUAAUUUUGCAGAGGGAGUUUCCUCCCCCCCCCAAGUGUAAUUUCCCUAGUUUCCCCCUCCUCCUAAAUAAAUAUGCAGUUGGUAUAUUAAUGGCACAUUGUACUGCUAGGUAAACUUCUUCAUCUUGCAAUCUUACUCCUGUCCUAAAUGUUCAUACUUGGAAUUAAAUCCCAUUGAUUUCAGUGGAAGUUGCUUUUUAAGCAUUUAUGGUGUCUGCCUUUCAGAAAUUCAUAUGCUUGAUUUUGUUAACAGUGAAUGGUAACUUUAUAGCCAUAGCCCUUUUUAAACAGUUGUUUGUUUGUUUUUACAAAUGAAAGUUGUGAUUAGAACCAAUCUAAGAAUAUAAACAUAUAUUAGAAAUUAUGACUCUUUAGGGAAAUCUUCCUUUAAUUUAUGAAGUUUUAAUCAAGGACUGCAAGCUAAAUGGAAGCAAAAAACAAAUUACUGUAAGUAAACAGAAAAGAUAUUGGCUGAAUUUCAAGCAGACAGCUCAAUGUUCUCACAUGCUGCAUAUGAUAUGACUCUUCCUGUCAUCUGUGUUAACUUGAUUCUGUUCUGCAGGCAUCCUAUUGAAAUCAAUUGGACCAAUGCAACAAUGGAUUGUGUGUGAAUUUCUGAAAGUGCAGUCAUAUCAGUUUGGAUUUGUUGUAAGUGGAUGUUCUGACACAGCAACAUAGAAGAGCCCUGCUGGAUCAGGCCAAAAGUCCAUCCAUCAUCCAACAUCCUGUUCUCUCAGCGGUCAACCAGAUGCCUGUGGAAAUCCCACAGAGAGGAGCCAAGUGCAAGAGCAACUCUCCCCACUUGUGCUUUCCAGCAAUUGGUAUUCAGAGGCAAGCUGUCCUGGAAGGUGGUACACAGCCAUUCAUGGCUGCAUGAGUUUGUCUAAUCCUCUUUUAAAACCAUCCAUGCCUGUGGCUAUUACUAUAGUUUUAACUGUGUCCUGUGGGAAGAAGUACACCAUCAGUUUACAGGUUACUUUAUAUAGCUUCGUAAGGAAAAUAUUUGUAAAAGCUGCUCUGUGCUCCCAACAAGCUUUCAAAAUCCUACAUAGAACAGAGCAAGGGUAGGGAGAGAUAAGGGAGUGACUAAUGCCAUGAUUACAGCUCGAGUACAAAGCUCUUUAAAAAAGUUUCCUUGAAUAUCUCAAAGAAAGAUGCCACAUUCUUAGUUGGUCAGGUAAGAGCUUGCACAUAACUUAAGUCAUAUGCUCUUCAUUGGCAGCAGGUGUUUUUUGCACAUGUAGUUCUGAUGUGUGUAUGCACCAAGAGCUGGGGGGGGGGGGUCUUCUGUUUAACGCAGUCAGCACAGCUCUGUGUACACAUUUCCACUGCAUGCACGGAGCUGCAACUGAUAUUACAGGGAAUGGAGUGACUCAUAUUCCCCAAACUUGAGUUCUAUGUGCCUGUGGAGCUUUGGACUGGAAUAUGGCCCAUUUGACCUGUAAAUUAUAAACGACUUGGAAGCCAUUUUGGCAUAUAAGUGGUUAUAUAAAUAAUAAAUAGUAAGGGGGCCAAAGGUGUAAGAAUUAAAGUGGUCUUGGUGGUAUGCAGGGAAACGACCUGAUCUGAUUGCUUUCUUAACAUACCAGGGCUCAAGAGACUAAUCAGAACUGUGUGUUUAUCUGUGGGUCCCUAAAGGGAAAGUAGUACUGAAGUGCCAUCACUGCCUGCCUAAUUUCUGGUGUCUCCUUUCUGAUGUUUGACUUGUGUCAGGGUAGAUCAGAAAUAAACCAAAGUUGAAAAACUGCAGAGACCACCACUAUAGCAGCUAUUUUUAUUUUGUCUUUUUCUUCCCGGGGAGGCGGGAGAAACAAAUAUGAAGUGCUUUUGUAAUUUUGUUUCUGCAGUGGUGCAUUAUCAAGUCUUGUAUGUUUAAACUGUUUAUGUACUAUACAUGUUUAUAUAACUGUAGUCCAGUACUUUUAUAGCUGAAAAUGUGAAAAAAUAAAUAAAUAUCAAAAUAACAUUGAAAUAA